AAGAAAAUACACAAUUGACAAUCCCUGCCGUCGUAGACAGACAAAACUAAAAAACCUGAGGGGGGAUAAGACACUGUUUCUUCUCUCGCUUUGUGGGGGGUUUUUCGGGACGAGCCAUGGAAGUAGCAGCUCUCUCCCCCUCAUCCACCAUCACCACCUUCAACACCACCCCUAAAUUCUCAAUCAAGCUUCCAAAAACCCCUCUCCAAACUUGCAAUUUCUGCCCAAUAACAACCCAACUCAAGCCCAAGAAGAAGAACAACCCCUUCAAUUUGUCUUCAAUUUCAACUGCAUCUUCACCAACCAGAACCAACGCAGCAUCAGCAACAUCUACACCUUCAACUUUCACUACUUCACCUUCCACUACCAGCGGUCACAACCGCCAUUGGAUGGUGUCAAUGGAAACUCCUCCACAGGGGGUUAAUUCCAGACCCCAAGUCAUUGAUUACUACGUUAGAACCUUAAAGGCUGUUUUGGGCAAUGAAAAAGAUGCUCAGAUGUGUAUAUAUAAUGCUUCUUGGGGUACCCUUUUUGGUUUCUGCUGCGACAUUGAUGAAGAAACUUCCCGUGAGCUCGCCCGUUUACCAGGGGUACUAUCUGUUAGGCCCGACCCAGAUUUUAGCACUACAGAGAAAGACUAUAGCAUUCCGGAUGUUCAGUUAGGUCUUUCAUCAAACAUAAUACCUGAAAGUACUUUAUUAUUUCCAAUGGGAAAUUCCAAGCGCUGGGUAGUUCGAUUAGAUAAGCCGGCACUAGGAGUUGUCACAAAGGUCCAGAUGGUUGAUUACUAUGCUCAAUUACUGACCAAGGUGAUGGGGAACAAGAAGGAUGCUCAAAUGUGCAUAUACCACAUUUCGAGGCAUUCCAACUAUGGAUUCUGUUGUGAACUAGAUGAGGAAUGUGCUCAAGAGCUUGCUGGUGUGCCUGGUGUGUUAUCUGUUCGGCCUGAUGACAGUUUUGAUUCAGAUAACAAGGAUUAUGGAGGUGAAAAUUUGCAGCAGUUAGGUGAUUCAACAGAUUCUUCAGUAGAAAAUGAAACAGCUGACAUCAAAACGAAGAAGCUUUUUGUGGCUGGUUUGUCAUUUUAUACAUCCGAGAAAACCUUGCGUGCAGCAUUUGAGGGAUUUGGCGAUCUUGUUCAAGUUAAAGUUAUAAUGGACAAGAUUUCGAAAAGGUCCAAAGGGUACGCCUUUGUCGAGUAUACCACUGAGGAGGCCGCGGCUGCAGCUCUCAAAGAGAUGAAUGGCAAGAUCAUCAAUGGCUGGAUGAUAACCGUUGAUGUUGCCAGGAUAAACCCACCAAAGUCCAGCAGGGGCCAGCCCAGACCGGCUAUCUAAUGUGUUUGAGAGAGAGAGAGAGAGAGAGAGAGAGAGAGAGAGAGAGAGAGAGAGAGAGUCCUUCUGGUAUUAUAUCUCAUAUUUUGUGGGAUUAUAUCCAAGACAUGUUUAAUUUGAGUCGUAAACAUAUAAUCAAACACUAGAUAGUUGGUCACAUUUUUUUGGUGAAAAAACAUUGGAUAUAUAAUUCGAUGAUGUUCAUAUAUGCGGUCAAACAAA